GGCCGUCCGAAUACAUGAAUUUCAAAUAUGACAACAUAAUAAUAGGAUUCUUGGAUUUUAUAGUUUAUCAGAUUUAACAUUUACUGCUGCGUUUUCUUCGAAAUACUCUUCAUACUAAGCGCAGAGUCGAGCAUUGGUUAUUGGAAGUGACUGUUGUGUGUUAGCAAAUGGAUGCGAUUACGUUGAGAAAUUUCAAAUGGUGGGGAAUUCGGAAAAAAUGGAAACAAGUUGCCAAUACAUCGCUUGGAUUUUUACUCACGUUCGGAUUUUCAACGUUUGUGCAUGGAAUGGUGAUUAAUGGAAUCAUGAACGUUAAUAUAUCAACAAUCGAGCGUCGAUACCACCUGAAAAGUUAUGAAUCAGGUUUAAUAUCAAGCAGUUACGACAUGGCGUUCUGCGUACUUUGUCCCUUGGUGACCUACUACGGGAAUCGACAUCACAGACCUCGUAUUAUGGGUGCUGGCAUGAUUAUGUUUGCUUUGGGAUGUGUCGUCUAUACUUUACCUCAUUUUACACAUAAAAAAUAUGAUCCAAAAACUUAUUCCGAUUUGUGCAUCAACAAAAGCAUGUUAGAAACAGAAGAAAACCAACCGCAAAGCGAGACUGCGGAUUACUUAUUAGUUUUUGUAUUUGGAAAUAUUUUACUUGGUGUCGGAAGCAUCCCGAUAAUAACGUUAGGAGUCACAUACCUGGAGGACAGCACCACAAAAGAAAAAGCAGCUUCUUAUAUCGGAUUGACUGGUGGUAUUUCCGCCUUUGGGAGUGUGAUUGGUUAUCUGCUUGGUGGAUAUAUGUUAUCACACCAUGUUGACAUCACAAGAACAGGGAAACAACGUUUGGAGAUAGAACCCGACAACCCGAUGUGGAUAGGAGCAUGGUGGGUGUCUCUACUUCUUGCAUCAGGACUUGCAUUUCUGGCAAUGUUACUCGUGAUAAGAUUUCCCAAAAAUUUGAGAGGUUCAAUCUCGCAACGUACCUUUCGAGAUUCCGAAGUUCAUGCAAAAUCUGGAUCACAAAUUACAGAACAACUAUCCUUCGGGAAGUCAUUCAAAGAUUUCCCUACAGCUUUUGUACUGUUAUUGAAAAAUCCAACCUUCUUAUUCACUACUAUGGCGGCAAGUUUUGAGACUUUUCUUUUGAAUGGAUUCGCAUUGUUCUUACCGAAAUUACUACAGAAUCAGUUUCACAUCACUCCCACAGAAGCCGGUCUCAUGGCGGGGUCCGUAAGCGUACCCGGAGCCAUAAUUGGACACUCAGUUUCAGGAUAUUUAGUAAGAAAAAUGGGUUUGAAAUCUCCGGCCAUAUUACGAGCAAGUGUAAUAGCAACUAUAGUUUCAGGAUUUCUUGCACCCUGCUUAAUUCUUCACUGCUCAAGAAAUACAAUUAUUAAUCAAGUGGCAGAAACCAGCCGUAAACCUGUUUGCAAUGAUCACUGUGCAUGCAAUGAAAACUUUUUUCUGCCAGUUUGUGGGGAAGACAACGUGGAGUAUUUUUCAGCUUGCCACGCAGGAUGCCACAGUCAACUUCCUAAUGAAACGAUUUAUUACAAUUGUUCCUGUGUUUCUACAAACGCAAACCGUACGAUGGCGGCAAAAAGGGGUUCAUGUUCAACAAGAUGCGGUUUACUCAUACCAUUCUUGGUACUUUUGUUUAUACUAAUUUCGUUCAGUUUUGCUGUUUUAACACCUUCAGUGGUUGUAGUUCUGAGGUGUGUUCCAUAUUCACAGAAAUCGUUUGCCCUGGGAGUGCAAUGGUUUUUUCUAAGAGUUAUAGGUAGUAUUCCAAGUCCGCUAGUAAUAGGAGCUGUAUUUGAUGCCUCGUGCACUGUGUGGAGAAUGCAAGACGGCAAAGAAGGCUCUUGCUGGUUUUACGACAGCAAAUCAUUUGCGAAGUCUGCAAUUUUUAUAGGUGUUUCCUGCAAAGUUUUGACAGCAAUUUGUUAUUCAUUGGCAUAUAAAUGUUAUGUACCCGAGACGCAACAAACUACAGGCAAUGAUGACAGAGUCAAAGUGGGAGAAGAUAAAGAGCAUAUGCUACCAUCCAGUGACAAACUUGAAACCAGCCUCACUUCCCUUUAACAAAGUUUGAUACAACGUAUAUGCAAAAACCUUUUCAUUGCCAUACUUUUUUAAUAAUUAUUCAAGGUUUUCAAGAAUAAAUUUUAUAGAAUAGAAUAAAGUUUCACGUCAAAAGCGUAGUCAUGGAUUAAGAUAAUUAAAUAAUGCAUAUUUAGUACAAGAGGUAUGUAUUGGAGAUAAAUAAUGAAGAGGUGUUAAAUUAAGUUGAAAUUCAAUAACUUACUUAGGAGUCACGUUUCA